AAGGCAAACACAAACCAUCACAGAAAAGCCCACCACACACACGCUGCACCCGUCCACUCAUCGCCGAUGGACCGAUCGAUCAAUCUGCACAUCAAACAGCCGACAGCCGACCCGCCAUGUGUCCUUGGUCACCCUGCAGCUGUUGCCUGCCUGUCUGUCUGUCUGCCUCCUUGGUGUGUUGGUUGGUCACGUACGUACGUACCGUUUUGGACGAAUCUGUACUCGCAUAGUGGGCACUCGUAGAGGACCGUCAUGCCCUCAUCCAUCCCGCGACACUGACCGACCGACCAGUCAAGGAAGGACAUCACAUCACAUUCAUCCAUCCAUCAGUGCAUCCGUCGAUGCGUGGAAUAUAUGCGCCUGUCUCUGUGUGUGUGUGUGUGUGUCUGCAUACGCACCUGUUUGGUGGCGAAUCGCAUGCGGGGAUGGCCGCACCUCGGGCACUCCUCACAGAUCUGACCCACACACAACACAACACAACACAACACAGCACAACACAACACACGGUGCAGCGCAUCAGUCCCUCCCUCCCCUGCCUCCCUCUUUGCUCUCUGUGCCACUUCCCCAGAUGGCUUGCUUACGUAUCUGUAUUGUUCGUAUUUGUCGUCGAUGAUGAAUGGGUGUGAGAGUAUGGGGUAGGAGAGGCCUCUGCAGAGCGUCACGGGGCAGGCCGGGUGGCCCCACUCGCGCCACCUCCUCCAGUACUCGGGCAUGUACAUCCACUCCUCCUCGAUUACGUGAGGCGCACACGUCACCGACUGCUGACCCCAAUACUCGUCAACCUACACACACACACACACACACACCAAUCCAUCCAUCCAUCCAUGUGUCUGUCUGUCUGUCUGUCUGUUGUACUGUGGUUCUUUCUCUACCUCUGGAGGGGCGUCGCGCAUCUGUGCGCGGCCCCGGUCCUUCUCGUCGUUGACCAGAAAGUCGGUUUGGGCCUUGACGUGCUGCCGCCCCCCACCGGUGCCCUUCUUCUUCCGCUCCCCCUCCUCCUUGUAAAAACGCGGGUAACUCGCACGCUGCGUCCGCCUCUGCCGCCUCACAGGCCUCCCCCCGCCCACCUCCUCUGUGUCGGCCAUGUGUCCGUCCAGCUCACGCAGGACCUUCCUCUGUGCCAUGGCAGUGAAGGCGCCCGUCCUGAAGUACUCAUUGCGGCGGACGGCGUACUCUGCCUUGGAGAUCUUGGGUGGGUAGUCGGGGCUGUAGGUGGGGCCCUUGAACCGCUCCCCCCGCCACUUGUGCACGUCGGGGUGCUGCCCGUCGACGGUGGCAUAAAUGGGGCCCGGGUUGGUCACCACGUGGUAGGCCGUCCUCGGCCGAGGAGGGAUGAACUUGGGCUUGUCGUCGUCCUCGGGCGGCUGCCGGGCGGGGUCCAGGUCAGGGUGAGGCAGGUCAUCCAGCGGGUCGUCAAACGGCACGCCCACCACCUUGCCCCACAGAGGGUGGUGCUUCACGCUUUCUGGAUUGGCCUUCUUGCGCCGCUGGAACUUGGUCAUGCUCUUGAGGUGCGCUGGGGUCUCGUUCUUCUUCCGCUCGGCCGUGUCUUUCUCCCCCUGGUCCCAGCGCCACUGGUAGCCGCUGUUCCAGGCCAUCUGCCAGGGCAGCCAGCUGCCGGCGUACCCAUUGCAGUCGUCGUAUCCUUUGCACGUCUGCACGCCGCUAUAGAGGUCCCGCUCGGUUAGUGCCUUGUCCUCCUUCUCACUCAGCGACUGCCGCACCGUCACGCGCGUGUUCUGCUUGAACUGCAGCAGGUCCUCGGUCGUGUAGGCGGUGCCGGGGUAGCCUGUGAUGAUCUGCCGGUCCUUGGGCAGCUUGCGGUCGGAGGGAGGGGGCGGAAGGGGCACCAGGUCGUCGGCGUAUGGGCUCGGGUCGAACCCCCGCUCCCGGGCGUCGCCCUUGACCACACUGGCGGUCCUCUCCAUCUUGCGGCGAAAGUUCUGGUUGUCCACGUACCGCCGCUGCACCUCAGCCUUGUCGCCGUGCACCGCCCAAGGGCCCCUCCACUCGUCCCUGUGCCACCGCGGCUUCCCCACCUUAUUCUCGUACUUUUGACCGUCGAUGGCCACCAGUCCGGCGCAGUACUGUGUGGGGCGCUUGACGCCGCGCUUGGCGGUGGGCGGGUUGGGUGGGAUGAACUCGUAGUCGCUGAUGUCGUCGGGCGAUGAGUGCUCCUGACAGGGGACGAACAAGUCGCCGCCGUAGCCGUGUUUGGUGAUGAGGGCCAGCUGGUCGGGCGGGCCGUCCUUGAAGACGUACUUGGCCACGCUCGGACUCAUGCAGUGACGCUGGAUGUCCUCCUCCUGGCCCCGCUGCUGAUGGUCCAACUCGUCCAGCUCUUCCUUCUGCUCGCCCUCGCCCGCACCCUCACCCUCUUGCUGCUGCUCUGCCGUCUCGACUUCGCCCGCGGCCUCUGCAGGCUCGGGAGCAGCCAUCUGCCGCUGGUCCUCGACGCUCGAAUCCUCCUUUGUGGCCUCCCGCACAGCAGCGUCGAGCAUCUCGUCGGUAAGGAUGGGGAGACCCUCGAGCGAGACCUCUUCACUGCCCUCCUCUUGCUUGACCACAGGCAUCUCAGGCACCUCAGGCACCUCAGGGGCGGGUGCAGGAGUAGCAGCUGCUGCUGGUGCAGCGGGAGCAGCCGACUGUGGUGGUUGCUGGGGCGGUGGUGGUGGCUGCUGUGGCGGCCAGGGGCCUGCCGGUGGCUGGGAUGGCUCUGAUGGUUGUUGGGGUGGCUGGGCAGGCUGCUGCAGGGGCUGGGGAGGCAGUGGCAAAAGUGACGGGCCAGCAGGUGGCUGUGGGUGGGGCUGGGGCUGCUCGCCCUCCUCCAUGGGCUCUUGCUUGAUGACUGGUGGUUGCUGGGGCGGUGGCUGCUGGCCCUCUUGCAGGAGGUAGUGCAUCCAGCCCUUCUGGGGGUCGAAGCCCUCCUCCAGACUCGUGAGCAGACUCUCGCUCAUCGUCGGCCAGAUCUGCACCUCCUCGGGCAUGGGCUGCGCAGCCCCCUCCCCGCUAUCGCCCUCGGGCGGCUCGGACGACGAACUGCUGCUACCGCUGCUGCUGCUGCCACUGCUGCUGCUGCUGCUGCUGCUGCUCUCCUCUUCCUCCACACCCCGGCCACUGCCGUUGCCACUGCCGAGUUCUUGGCCGUGCUCGGCCUGCUCCUGGCCCUCCUCUGCCCCUCCCUCUUGCUCGUCCUCCUCUUCCUGUUCGCUGCCCUGUUCCGCAGCCAUGGCUGCCCUCUGUCGGUCUCUGUCGGCGAGUCUGUUGUCGAUGCAGCCAUAGGUGUCGCCGUACCAGCGUGGCAUGUAGUCGGGGUAGGCGUAGCGGAACUUGUCCUUGAACCAGUCGCUCUUCUUCAUCCUCCCCUCCUGCAGGAAGCUCUGCCGCACGACCUCCUCCUUCUCCUCGCCAUCUUCGAAGAAGCCCAGCCCCGCCAUCAUGUGGUAGCACCAGCGGUUGGUGCCCUCGAUGCAGCCGUCCAUGUCCCACAUGAUCCGCAGAGGGUCGGCGUUGGUGUUGUAGGGUCUGGAGGGAGGGGGGUAGGGGGCGGGGAGGGGCGUGUUGCGCGGCGCCAUGGGGCCCAGGUGGGGCCACACCACGCGGGUGGUCCGGCACACGUGGCACUCGUGCGACAUGAAGUUCUGGGCGUUGCUGAGGGUGCACUUGAAGGGCUGGAUGGAGCUGCCGCACCGACAACCUGACCAACCGACGACACGCACACGCACACACAGGUGAAUGGUGCAUCCAUCCCUUCCGUGUGUUUGUGUGUGAGUGUCCCCUCAGCUCACUCACAUUGGUAUUCCUUGUAGGCCUGUCGCCAGGAGCCCCAGUUGGCGAACUGGCAGAGCGGGUGGAGGAGCUUGACGGAGUUGUCAUCCAUCCUGCCGUCGAGCUCGAAGUCCGAGGGCAGCUCGUCCUCGUUUUUCUUCCUCUUCUUGCGCGCCCUCCUCUCGGCCUUCCACUCGCGGUCCUCCUCACUGUCGGUAUUCCACGGAUCUGUCAUGGCGAUGUCGGUCUCGACGUCCUCGGCCCUGACCUUGGAGUCCCAGAAGGGCUCGUCGUGCAUCUCGAAGUCGGAAAAGUCGGGCUCGCGCGAUAUGUCGCUCUGCACGUCGUUGGCCUCGUUGGUGUGGCCCGAGUCGGCGUUGGUGAAGCCGGCCUGCCCGGUGAACAUGACCAUGUCGUGGUACGGCAUAUCAGCGCCUGAUGGACAGACAGAGAGGGGAGAGGUGAGAGAAGGACGGCUGUGUGUGUGUGUGUGUGUGUGGUGAGCACUUACAGGCGUAUGCGCCUUCAGGGAAUGACCAGUAGGAGUCGUUGUGAGUGCUGAACCAGUCGACCAUCUCGGGGUACCAUUCCGGGUUCCAGUAGUCCAUCUCCCUCUUGCCGUCCGUACGAGUGUCCACGUAGCUCCUGAUGCACGUCCAGGCGUACUCGUAGAUGCACCGCCAGUGCUGGUGCCACUGCUCGAUCAUCCGGGGGUCCAUGAACCCCACGCCCGUGCAGCGCGCCGGCUGGCAGAGCUUCUUGUCGAUGAAGAUCUUCUUAAGCCACUUGGUGCGCUCCAUGCGCUUGGCCAUCAUCCUCUCGUACUCCUCCUUGACCUUGGGCAGCCGGGCCAUCAUCUGGUCGGUCUUGUCGCGCUUGGGGCGGUAGAGCAGGAAGCAGAGCUCCUCCCACAGCCCGUGGAUGGCGUACGGCGUCCGCUCGUGGCCGCCCGGCUUGGUGUCGUCCCAGUACUCGUCGUAGAGGUCCUGGAUCCACCCCGGCCGCACCCCGUAGUGCUUGAAGUUCUUGCGGAAGAUGUGACGCAGCACCUUGUCCCGCUCGAACUCACCCAGGUGCUUGACGCGCCACUCGCUCCACAUCAGAGUGCCGUCCUCGUACUUGCCAAACAUGUCACUCGUCGUGUCCAUGCAGCCCCGGUCACCCUUGGGCGGCAGAGGCAGCCACUUGGGCCAGUCGUAACGACCCGUCUCGUAGUAGUAGAACUCCUGAGUCGUCAU